AAAGGGCAGCUCCGGGGCAAGGGGGGUGGUGUCCCGGGGAAGCCCGUAGCCGCCGCCGAUGUCGCUGGGACUCGGAAGUGCCGAAAGAGGGGUGUUGGGAACUCGCGGCGCGCGUGAACGCUGCCGUCGCCGCUGCCCGGGACAGCCCGGAGGAACUCAGCGUGGGCAUCGGGAACUUUUGUGACAAGGAGCCAUGCUGCCCCAAUGGGAACUGGCACUUUACCUACUUGCCUCACUAGGCUUCCACUUCUAUUCCUUCUAUGAAGUUUACAAAGUGUCCAGAGAACAUGAAGAGGAACUGGACCAGGAAUUUGAGCUGGAGACUGACACUUUAUUUGGAGGACUAAAGAAGGAUGCGACUGACUUUGAGUGGAGCUUCUGGAUGGAAUGGGGGAAGCAGUGGCUGGUGUGGCUUCUCCUUGGCCACAUGGUUGUGUCUCAGAUAGCCACACUGCUGGCAAGAAAGCACAGACCCUGGAUUCUCAUGCUCUAUGGGAUGUGGGCCUGCUGGUGUGUGCUGGGGACCCCUGGCGUGGCCAUGGUUUUGCUCCACACCACCAUCUCUUUCUGCGUGGCCCAGUUCCGGUCUCAGCUCCUGUCAUGGCUCUGUUCUCUCCUCCUGCUCUCCACACUGAGGCUGCAGGGUGUGGAGGAAGUUAAGAGAAGGUGGUACAAGACGGAAAACGAGUACUACCUGCUGCACUUCACGCUGACAGUUCGCUGCCUCUACUACACCAGUUUCAGCCUGGAGCUCUGCUGGCGGCAGCUGCCCACUGCAUGUACCUCCUACUCCUUUCCCUGGAUGCUGGCCUAUGUCUUUUAUUAUCCAGUCUUCCACAACGGGCCUAUCCUCAGCUUCCCGGAGUUCAUCACACAGAUGCAGCAGCAGGAGCGUGACUCCCUGAAGGCCAGCCUGUGUGUUCUGGCCCUGGGGCUGGGCCGCCUUCUGUUCUGGUGGUGGCUGGCCGAGCUGAUGGCUCACCUGAUGUACAUGCACGCCAUCUACAGCAGCAUCCCUCUCCUGGAGACUGUCUCUUGCUGGACCUUAGGAGGACUGGCGUUAGCUCAGGUGCUCUUUUUCUACGUGAAGUACUUGGUGCUCUUCGGUGUACCAGCUCUGCUCAUGCGCCUGGAUGGACUCACUCCGCCCGCCCUCCCUCGCUGCGUGAGCACCAUGUUCAGUUUCACCGGGAUGUGGAGGUAUUUUGAUGUUGGCCUGCAUAAUUUCUUGAUCAGGUAUGUGUACAUUCCAGUAGGUGGGUCCCAGCAUGGCCUGCUGGGGACGCUGUUUUCCACGGCGAUGACAUUUGCAUUUGUGAGCUACUGGCAUGGCGGCUACGACUACCUCUGGUGCUGGGCAGUGCUCAACUGGCUGGGAGUCACUGUGGAGAACGGAGUCCGGAGGCUCGUGGAGACUCCCUGCAUCCAGGACAGUCUGGCCCGAUACCUCUCCGCACAAGCUCGCCAUCGAUUUCACGCUGCCCUUGCGUCUUGUUCCACCUCGAUGCUGAUCCUGUCCAACCUGGUGUUUCUUGGGGGUAAUGAGGUUGGGAAAACCUACUGGAAUAGAAUCUUCAUGCAAGGCUGGCCGUGGGUGACCCUCUCUGUCCUGGGAUUCCUGUACUGCUACUCCCAUGUGGGCAUGGCGUGGGCCCAGACCUACGCAAUGGACUGAUGCUAUUUGGGCUCAGGCCAGUCUUUGCUGCUGGCCUCCAAGGCAGGUGGUGCUUCACCCUGACCUCUCACUCCAGGACAGUCUCUAAGGGAUUUGAUCUUCUCAUCUUCUGUUGAAUAUCCUCACUCCAAGACUGGAAGCUGGAUCUCUCAUAGAAAAUUCACAGCCAGACAGUCUACUAAUUUAGAGUCUCUGAGAUCUACUCCAACCCAUCAUUUUCCUAUUGAGUAAGCUGGGGUCCAGGGCAGUAGUGUAUCUCGUCCAGCUACACAUGGUGACAUUUUGGUCUAGAACCUAGUCUUAUGAGCCCUUUGGAUUCUUUCUCCUUAACCAAGAAUAGAAUAUAGUGGACAUGUCUUGACUGAGACACAGACAUCCUGAUUAGUGAUAGCCUGUCUUCUGGUCAAUAUUUAUAAAAUAUUUGAGUGACAUUGAUGUUUGAGUGACCUCCUUCAUCACAUCCUUCAGGGUCUCCAGAAGCAGCACUAGGGUUUGAGCUUCAUGCUUCAGCCCCUUUGUAGGAAGGAGACCAAGCCCCAGCUGUCUUUUGAAUUACCUAGUCCAAGAAGAUGGUAGCAGCCCUGUAGAAUUCUAAGGCACCCAUACCCAAGGAGUCCUGUGAUCUGAGCUUCAGCAGGAUGAUCUACAUUUGGGUGCUUGUUUCUAAGAGUCACAGAGAAGUAUAAUAUGGUAGUUCCUCUACACGACAGCAAAUAGUUUCUUAAUAAAGAAGCAGAAUUUAGAAACCACAGGAUAGUAUGUCCGCAGAUGGGUGCUAUCAGGCUAGUUACUAGGAUGGCGUCCUGGGGUCUUAUCCACUCUCUCCACACAAGUCCCAAAAGUCAUCCUCUUACUCAAUGAUUCAGGUUUAGUGGUUUAUAUUGUUUGGGUUUGAUUCAAACGAAGCCUUUUCUGUCAUGUUAAAUAAUCUACAUGUUUGUAGAAUUAUUUUGAAUAUGUUUGAAGAAAAUGUUUAAAAUCUAAAUAAACUCACAUACCU